AUGUCCGAGGGGUCUGAAGAGGCGGUCCUCGCUCAUCGAUGGCCGGUGGGUGAAGGCCUCCCGAAGCAGGCCGUGGAUGAAAAGAAAGAGGACCGCAUGGAGGCGAGGCGAGGAGGCAGUCCUGGUCAGCCAGAACUUGCGACGGCGAUGGCUGUUGGCAACGCACAGCGACGGGCCGCGGGUAUCUUGCUUCGCCGCCCUGGCGAUAACGGCAAGCAGCUCCAGGAAGAUGCGCUCGAUGCGUUGGCAUGGUGCGUUGGCAUGCAAGCGAUGCACAGCAAGGUUGACUCAGGGGCCGCCAGCCCCCAAAACGGCAGCAAAGCGGCAACGGCCAAGGGGCGACGGUCACGGACAACGACGGACGCAAGCGCAUGGCAGAUUCCGAGGCACCUCUUUGGCUCAGGGCGAGAGCAGCACCAGUCGAGAAACGAGACCAGUCCGAGUAUGAUGCCGGGCAUGGCCGAGACGCAGCGCCCUGGUCUGGACCGGGCUUUGGUGGUGCGAUCGCGACGGACAACAUCGCCAGAUGGACCGGACCGAGUUGGACCAGACUUGACCAGGGCGUUCCAGGAAGGCCGCGAUUCGAUACUGCGGACAUGUGAAGGCGGGCUGUGUGGAGCAGCCAGCCGGAUCAACUACAAGUCAUCCCCGGAUCAUCUGCGGAUAUCGCUGACCGUCGCCGGACCAUCGCUGGACCAUCGGCCUUGCGUCCACAGGGGGCAGCCCGAGGGGGUCCGCCGGCCAUCUCCAUCGGACGGAUCCUGGCCCCGCCAAGCACCAAUCGCAGCAGCGGCGCGGACUGUUGAGCCAAUAGCCCCUCUGGGAAAGAGCGCCCCCGACCCGCCCCGAUGGCGCUGGCCGCUGUCCGCCAGCGGUCCGACGGAGCUUGAGCUUGCGGAUGCUGCAAGAAUGAGGAUGUGA